AUGGAAGACAAGUUGAUCAAAGUCAGCCUCAAGAGGAAAUAUACAUCUUUCGUGUACCAAGCCAAGGAAAUCUUGAAAGAGCAUGAACAAGUUGAGCUCCAUGGCUUAGGCGAGGCCACUGCGAACACUGUGAGGGCUGCUGAAAUGCUAUGCUCAUUAGGAUAUGCCACUUUGGCCAAGUUUGAGACUGUAAGUGUGUCAGAAGAAGAUCAUGGUGGUGUCAGCAGAAGCAGAGCGAAAAUCAUCAUCGUCUUGAACAAAGCAGCAACUUUUGAAAAGGCUUAUGCAGAGUUUGAAAGCAAUAAAACCACCAGAAAGAUAGAAUAA